AUGGGUACUUCUGAAGAUACUGUUUAUUACUCUCUCUAUUUUCCUUUUUCAUCUUCAAUACAAUCUUUAGACCAGACAUCAUUUCUUCAAGAAAAAAGUGCUCUGAUUUUAUCUGAAUUAAACCAAUUUCUUAAUGGGUAUAUUUGGCACAAAGAUAAAUUUCAUUUAAGAAUUGUACAAAAUGAAUCAG